GCUUUGGCACUAAGAGAAAAACCAUAGGAGUUGUUGUUUAUGUCGUGCUUUAAGCUCAGUUUUUCUUUACUAAAUUAUUUCAGAGCCUAAAAGAUCGCUUAUUUAUUUAAAGAUGUUUGUUUUCUGGAUAAAAAGCAUAUAAGAGAAUACAAUGGAAAAACCAGAUCGCCGUAAUGAAGAAAAUGACGAUGCAGGUUGCAUUUGUCAAAGAUGGCCCAUGCUUGUUCUGGCACUAUCUUUCUUUGUUUUUGGUGCAAUUGGUAUGAUUGUAUCAUAUGCAAUGCUUCGCAACAAGUCUCUUGAGCACAUACAUCAUUAUGGGGUGGUGAUUGAUGCUGGAUCAACCCACACAGAUAUAACUGUUUAUAGGUGGCCAAGUGAUGUUAAAUACAAAGGGACUGCCCAUGUCAACCAAAUUGGAUACUCAACAUGCUCCAAUUUUGGGAUAUCGAGAUUCCCUGAGAGCCCUUCCAAUGCAAGCAAGAUAAUUGAACGUUGUAUCGAAGACGUUGCACUUGGAAAGGUGCCAAAACACAACAGGCAUCACACUCCCAUUUAUGUUGGAGCUACAGCUGGAAUGAGACUGUUAUGUGCGAGAAACCAAACGACCUGCGAGCAGAUCAUAGAAUCCAUUCGCAGGUCUCUCAAAAAAUACAAAUUUCAGACCUUUGAAGACAGCGUGAAAGUUCUCUCUGGAAAGGACGAAGGUACUUUUGGUUGGGUAACUGUGAAUAUGUUAAAGAAGAGGAUCGCAGAAAAACAGAAAUCAUCUGAUCGACCAACAUUUGGAGCGCUGGAUAUGGGAGGCGCCUCCGCAGAAAUUUCUUUUAUGCCGAAAACAGGGACAGAUUUACCAAGCAAGUACAGAAGUGAAUUGCGGCUGUAUGGGAGAAACUAUAUCUUAUACACUCACAGCUUUCUUUGUUAUGGGUUGAAAGAAGCAGAAAGGAGGCUGCUGGCGAGCCUCAUACAGGAAUCUGGAUACUCCUCCAAUGUGAGUAACCCUUGCUUUCCGGAGGGAUACGAAGCGAAAGAAACUGCGAAGGAGCUCUGGCUUGCGCCAUGCAGCAUCAAGCCUAAAGGAAGCAUUUUCCCGAUUAACGACAGCAGCACUUAUACUUUUAGUGGGACUAGCAGCCCCGAGGAGUGCAUGAAAGUCGUGAGGAAACUAUUCAAUGAGACUUCUUGUAACUUUGGAUCGUGUUCUUUCGAUGGAAUUUACCAACCAGAGCUCACUGGGAACUUUGUGGCCUUCUCAGGUUAUGGAUUCAUAGCCGAUUUUCUUAACCUGACCGAAGAUGACAGCAUUGAUGCUUUUGUUCGGUCUGGCAGCGAAUUUUGUCAAAAAUCUUGGACUCAGGUAAAAGAGGAAAACCCUGGAACUUCGCUGAAAUUCUUACCGAAAAAUUGUUUCAAUGCACUCUAUAUGAAUCAGAUUUUGACGUACGGUUUCCAUUUCGAACAAAACUCGACAAAUGUCAAGUUCAGGUCGAAAGUAAGAGGUCAUGAUGUUGGCUGGUCACUGGGUUUCAUGGUGAAUGCAAGCAAUUUGGUGCCUGUUGAAGAAGCCACGAGUAAAAUCACGCGACAGGAUUUCAUUUUCUUCUCCUCUUUAAGCGUUGUUGUUAUUGCAUUCAGUUUUAUGCUAUGCUUUUGCUACUGCAUAAAAAGCUGCGGAGGAGGUCUUCGCAGUACGAGUCGUUAUCUCCUGGAUGAGCAGGGCUCCAAACAAUUGUGUAAUCUCAUAAAACAACUGGUUCCGCUAUUCAUUUCGAGCCGAUAGAGCAGUGGAGGAGAUGAUUGUAGCUUAGAAAAGCCUUGAUUCCCCCCCCUUGACUUCGGUUUACCCAAAUAAUUCUGAAAUCAUAAAAAAACACUUUCAAAAGAAUCUAAAAAUUAUUUAUCUUUAUAGUUGUUUGAAGACAGAGAUGCUAUUAAGGAAAUUGUCAGUGUAGCAACUUGUAACUAAUUUAGAAAGGGUUUUCUUGUUUAUGAUUGCCUUGCCUAUUUUUCUUCUAUUAAAAAGGUUUUUUUUAGAAAACCAGCAUUCACUUGCAAAUAACUAAUUUUGAAGAUAAGGAAUUCCCCUUCAAGGAAUUUUGAACAUACAAUCUCCGGUGAUAUCGAUGUUGGCCUAAAAGGGAUAGGAAUUGAGAACUUUUGAUAAAGGUUAAAUUUACCCGAGGAAUGCUAUGUGCAUUUACCUGAGGAAAUUUAGCCGAUUGCAAAUUGGAAAUAGAUUUGCUAAUAUUUUGCUAGAAACUGAAAAGUAAUGUACACUACAAUCCUGAACAGACAUUUUAAAUUACAGUAAGGCCCCGCAAUAUGCUUUCCAAGCUAAACACAAAAAGAAAGACUUAUAGAGAAUAUGUUGAAACAUUUUUAUGAUUAUAUUUAAAUCAUUUCUAUGGGGCCUAAUGGUUUUAAUUCCUUGUUAAGAAUAAGACAUUUCGGAGCCACAUACAAGAAAUUUUAUGUUAUACUUUAGCCUAAAACGAUUCUUAAAAGCCAGAACAUUUCAGAAAGUAAAUGAUCGUGAAAUUUAACGGGUUUUAAUGUAUUACAUCUCCCCCUUCCUCCCCCAGUUUCAAUGUUGAUAUAUUUCUGCUAUUGGAAUGAAUAUGCUCUAGGGGACGGGGGUUAGAUAAUAGAUCAUGCAUUAUGCUACCAAGCAUGUGUUAAGAUGUUUGCCACAACAACUAUGGCCCUUGUGCAACUUGUUCAUAAUUUUAACAUUUUAAAAUUUAUUGUUAUGAAAAUGGAAUAUUUUAUAUUGUAAAUUCUAAUUAAA